GUCGAUAGCUGCCUAGAUAGCUGAAUAGCAUCCUAUUCAUCAUCUAGUUGAGCUCCAUGACACAUAGCAAGUUUAACUAAUUUUAUAUUUUCUUUUACUAUUUCUUAUAACUAGAAGAAUAGAGAGAGAGAAUAAGAUAAAUAAGAAAUAAAAAAAAUUAAGAAAAGAAGUAAAAAGAAGAAAUAGAGAAAAAGAUAUAAAAGUAAGAGAAUAAUUAAAAGAAGAAUAAAUCAAAAUAGAAAAAUGAUUACAAAAGAGCCUGCACAACCAGAGGCGGGUGCUGUAAUGGGGGGCGUACGUGCGUUGUUCCCUGCGACAGGAACCGGGUUAUGAUCGAGGGAUCUCAGGAAUGGACACACUGAACAAUCUAGCAAAACGAUAUAACGAUAAAAGGAAACACAACGACGAAGGAGCCUCGCUCCGCUCUAUACAAUGACGACGAUACUAGUGAAGCAACCUAGAAACCAAAAGAAUGCUCUCUUUCUCGUAACUAUCUGGGAGGGAACCCUCCUUUAAGUACUCCGGCCGUGGGAUCCACCAUACAUUAGUAUUACAGGAGUACAGAACUUUCCUAAUAAGCAGUACUGCUCUGAAGCAAAACGGCCGCGCAGAAGACGCAACCCUGGAGCGCUACCGAGAAAAACAAUGGAGAGUAAACCUGUUUUGACAAAACACGCCACCGGGAAAUGUGCGAACACAUUCCAAAAUCUUUCCAACAGCGACAAAACCACCGCGGAUGAGGCGCAGGAGAUCUUUGGCCGGGGAAUUCUACGCAUUCAACCGCAUGGUCAUCGAUGUACUUACUCUUUUACAUUCCUUCCAGAGGCUGUUUACAGCGAACUACCGUCACCACCACCGCGGGUGUCUCCUGAGCAUUCAACAUGCUCCGAUAGUCGCUCUCAGAGCCAGUCUUCGCGACGAGCAACGCGCAGACGGCAAUAUAAGCGAAUACCUUAUACACCCACAGAGAAUCAACGUUUGACCGAGUUGAGAGGUCAGCACGGUCUUCCCUGGCGAGAAGUUGCGAAACAUUUCAAACAUCGGACCCAGGCAUCUCUCCAGGUUCAAUAUUCCAAGAUACAUCGUGAAGCUGUGGAGUAUACAUCAGCUUUGCCCAUGGGAUACAUUGGACAUAGGACAGAUGAUUAUCUGGGAUUUGCUUUGGACCAAUGCAAGAACAGAUUCAUACGUCACAUCAAUCUGUAUUUAGAAUGGUUAACUUAUUGCCAGCGAAAGAAAAAUUAAGA